GUUUAGGUGGUUACAACAAUUCACUAACUUGAGCUUGAACGGUUUUUAUCAUGUCUUUCCUUGACAAAGUCUUAGACUACGCAGAGCGACUCCCAGAGGGCAUUGAAAGGACAAGAGAUCAGAUCAUUGGAAUCAUCAAUCCUGAUAGACGUCACGAUAAACCAGAGGAGAAACUAGACGAUGAGAUUCGAGCCCAGAUCAAUGCCAGUCAUCGUUUUGAUAGCUUCGCGGAUCAGAGGUUGGACAAUUCUAUCAAAUGGCAUAUUGAUGGUCAUGACUAUAUGUAUGCAUUGUCUGAGAUACUCGACAGUGCAAAAGAAUGUAUCUUUAUAUUGGACUGGUGGCUCACACCCGAGUUAUACCUUCGACGACCACCCGCAGAUCAUCCGGAAUGGAGACUCGACCGAUUGCUUCAACGCAAGGCUCGACAAGGAGUAAGAAUAUAUGUUGUUGUCUAUAAAGAGGUCACUCAAACCAUGUCCAUGAACUCGAAGCACACAAAGGCCGCGUUAGAGGCCUUACACCCCAACAUCGCUUGUAUGCGACACCCUGACCACAUUGGAAGUAAAGAUACCGUAGAAUUCUGGUCUCACCACGAGAAGCUUGUGGUUGUCGACAACCACCGUGGAUGUGUUGGAGGACUUGACAUUUGCUUUGGUCGCUGGGAUACACACAAUCACCCUCUUGCAGAUGUACACCCGACAGAUUGGUCACGCACUCUCUUUCCUGGACAGGAUUAUAACAACGCCCGUGUUCAUAUGACGAUAUGUGGUUCUGUUUGUUUAGAUCUUUCUCAGCAUUUCAUUGAGAGAUGGAACGAGGUGAAACGUAGGAAGGUACGUGUCCAACAUUUCAAACGAAAUAUACAAUCUUACCACUCACUCCACAGCCGAUUUGACUGGCUUGCACUUCCUCAUAACGUGGCGCUUUCUCCAAACGAAGCUGUCGCCAUCCCCAUCGUGAGAAAAUGGCAUCAGAUGGGUCGUCGUUUCAGAACACGCUUCCACCUCGAACAAGAUGACGAAGUUGAGCCGCCUUAUACUCCUCCCCCGCACGGAGCUUGCCGCGUGCAGGCCGUGCGGAGUGUUUGCGACUGGAGUCAGGGUGUGCUUACCGAACACAGCAUUCAAAAUGCUUACAUUCAAUUGAUCAACGAGGCUAAUCAUUUCAUCUAUAUUGGUAACAUCUCCAACACACGCGAAGAAGGCCCUGUGAAGAACCAAAUAGCAAAGGCACUUGUCGAGCGGAUCAUUAAAGCAGCCAAGGAUGAUCGAAAGUUCAAGCUCCCUGGCUUCGCCGGAGAUGUCAAGAAUGAUACACAGUACCGUACGAUGAAUCGUGGCGGUCAUAGUAUUAACGAAGAGAUCCGAAAGCUGGUUUUGAGCCGUAAGAUGGACUACAUUCGUUUCUACCACUUACGUUCCUAUGACAGGAUCAAUGCUCCGCAGAAAACGCAAACUCGGGGGUCUCAUUCUACGAAGCCCAGGUCGCUCUUGCGCGGUCAAUGGGAAGGUCCCCGCACCACUACGGGCGACGCUCCCAAGGAAAUGUUAUUCAAAGUACCUCAGCCUGCGCAGGAAGGAAUGGUUUUGAGCGAGACCAAGAUGAAGCCGGUGAAGAAAGGUUCAGAUGACAUCAGAGGCGACGAAGGAUGUAUCCGAUACCGUAUCGCAGCACAGACUGCUGGACCGAACACGCUGAGUGAUGAGAUUUGGUAUGGUUCUGAGGCAGAGGAACGGGAUGCGUAUGUCUAUUGUUGCAUCUCACUGGGAGAUGGCGAUUCUGAAAUCGCGCUUGUUGUCGAAGACGGUGACAUGCGUCGCAAGCUCUUCCGAGAGCACCUUGGCCUUAUCGAGCCUCAGAACGUCUUGCAUUCCACUGAGAAGGUCACCUCGUUCAUGCGAUAUCGGGAUGCGGAAGACACUGCCGUAGCGGAUCCGCUUGCAGACAGUACCCUGGAACUAUGGAAUCAUACAGCAAGAGUAAAUCGCGAGAUUUUCACGGAGGUCUUCCGCCCUGUGCCCACCAACCUUGUUCGUUCCUGGUCUGCGUACGAGAGCUAUUUGCCAAAGGUUAAGACUGGUCACGUUGUACCAGGAAUACCGCUGCAACGUAUCAAGGAACGCCUUUCUCAGGUCAGGGGUUCAUUGGUCGAGUGCCCUCUGGAUUUCUUGAUCGAUGACAAGGAGUUCGUUGAGGGUGUGGACUGGCUAGGAUUGAAUCCGACUCUUCCGAUUUACAUAUGAUCAAAGUGUCAUCAUAGGACUUGUAUACUGUUAUCUAUGAUUAUGUAUGGUUGUGAAGUUCUGA